GCUUUGAGGUGGUCGCCGGGGGUCGGGGUUGCGGGGUGGGGGGCCGAUUUCCCCGCCGCGGGGGGCCCUAGAGGAUGAAUCGGAGGCGCUGCUGAGGGGAGGCGGCGGGCCUGGAGAGACGCGGCAGCGAGGACCGCGGUGGCGUCCACGGAGCGGGAUGUGCGAGAGUUACUCCAGGUCGUUGUUGAGGGUCUCGGUGGCGCAGAUCUGCCAGGCGCUGGGCUGGGACUCGGUGCAGCUGAGCGCCUGCCACCUCCUCACCGACGUGCUGCAGCGCUACCUGCAGCAGCUGGGACGGGGCUGCCACCGGUACUCUGAGCUGUAUGGCCGGACAGACCCAAUUUUGGAUGAUGUUAGUGAAGCUUUCCAGCUUAUGGGGGUUAGCCUUCAUGAACUAGAAGACUACAUCCACAACAUUGAACCUGUCACUUUCCCGCAUCAAAUCCCUUCAUUUCCUGUUAGCAAGAACAACGUACUUCAGUUUCCUCAACCCGGAAGUAAAGAUGCAGAGGAAAGAAAAGAAUACAUCCCUGAUUACAUGCCACCCAUUGUGUCUUCUCAAGAAGAAGAAGAAGAAGAGCAGGUGCCCACCGAUGGGGGCACGUCAGCAGAAGCCAUGCAGGUUCCCUUGGAAGAAGAUGAUGAACUGGAGGAGGAGGAAAUUAUUAAUGAUGAGAACUUCCUGGGUAAGAGACCGCUGGACAGUCCGGAAGCUGAAGAAAUGCCCGUGAUGAAGCGGCCACGCCUGCUAAGCACUAAAGGGGACGCCCUGGACGUGGUGUUACUAGAGGCUCGAGAGCCACUCAGCUCAAUAAACCCCCAGAAGAUCCCGCCCAUGCUGUCCCCCGUCCACGCCCAGGACAGCACGGACCUCGCUCCUCCAUCGCCAGAGCCGCCGAUGUUAGCUCCGGUGGCCAAAUCACAGAUGCCCACCGCAAGACCACCGGAAGCAAAGCCGUUUGCACCUAAAACAAAGACUAAAACCAGUUCUCCAGGGCAGAAGACUAAAUCUCCCAAAACAACUCCGUCACCAGCCAUGGUGGGAAGUCCUAUUCGGUCUCCGAAAACCAUAUCCAAAGAAAAGAAAUCUCCUGGACGUUCGAAGAGCCCCAAAAGCCCCAAGAGUCCCAAGGUCAUGACUCACAUUCCCCAAGGACCCAUCAGACCCGACACACCUAACAGGACUCCUUCAGCUACGAUAAGUGAAAAAAUCAGCAAAGAGACCAUUCAGGUGAAACAAAUACAAACACCGCCCGAUGCCGGGAAACUGAACAAUGAGAAUCCGCCGAAAAAGGCCGCCGUGACCGAUAAGACCAUCGACGACUCCAUCGAUGCCGUGAUCGCACGGGCUUGUGCCGAACGGGAACCCGACCCCUUCGAGUUUUCCUCUGGAUCCGAAUCGGAAGGAGACAUUUUUACCAGUCCGAAGAGGAUUUCAGGUUCAGAAUGUGCUACCCCCAAAGCUUCCACUUCCUCUAACAACUUCCCCAAGUCAGGGUCCACCCCUCUGCCUCUUUCAGGCGGAACUUCAAGUUCUGACAAUUCCUGGACAAUGGACGCAUCCAUCGAUGAGGUGGUCCGGAAGGCCAAGAUGGGGACCCCUCCCAGCGUACCCUCCGGCUUCCCUUACAUCUCCUCUCCUUCGGUCUCUCCUCCCACCCCUGAGCCCCUGCACAAGGUGUAUGAGGAGAAGCCCAAACCGGCAGCCUCCGCGGACGUCAAGAAGAAGCUGAAAAAGGAGCUGAAGACAAAGAUGAAAAAGAAAGAGAAGCAGAGAGACAAGGAAAGGGACAGGGACAAAAGCAAGGAGAAGAGCAGGGAGAAGGAGAGAGGGAAGGACAAGGAGAAAGAAAAGGAGGCCAGCAAGGAAGCCAAGUAUCCCUGGAAGGACUUCCUCAAAGACGAAGAGGCGGAUCCCUACAAGUUUAAGAUAAAAGAGUUUGAAGACACGGAUCCAAAAGUGAGAUUGAAAGACGGAGUCAUGCGAAAGGAAAAGGAGAGGCAUAAAGAUAAGAAGAAAGAUAGAGAAAAGGGCAAAAAGGAUAAAGAGAAGCGGGACAAAGAGAAAGCGAGAGAGAAAGGCCGAGAAGAGAAGCUGAAGGCCACCCCCGCCCCCCUGGUCCUGCCCCCCAAGGACUUGGCGCUGCCCCUGUUCAGCCCCGCGGCAGCCGUGAGGGUCCCAGCCACGCUGCCCUCCCUGACGCCCAUGCUUCCCGAGAAGCUGUUCGAAGAGAGAGAGAAGCCCAAGGAGAAAGAAAGGAAAAAGGACAAAAAGGAGAAGAAGAAAAAGAAGGAGCGAGAGAAGGAAAAGGAGAAGAAGGAGAAGGAGAGGGAGAAAGAGAAGCGAGAGAGAGAGAAGAAGGAGAAGGAGAAGGAGAAACACAAGCAUGAAAAAAUAAAAGUGGAGCCAGUGGUCCCAGCCCCGAGCCCAGUGAUCCCCAGAUUGACUCUCAGAGUUGGAGCGGGCCAAGACAAGAUUGUCAUCAGCAAAGUGGUCCCAGCCCCCGAGGCUAAGCCGGCGCCUUCUCUGAACAGACCCAAGACGCCACCGCCCGCGUCAGCCCCCGCCCCCGUGCCUGCGCACAUCACCCCCGCCCCGGUGCCUUUGCCCCUCCUGGCCCCGGCCAGUGUGCCCCCCACCGGGAUGCCCGCCCCGGCCCCCGCCGCCUCGGGAGCCGCCAAUUCCAAAGCCCCCGUCCGGAGUGUGGUCACAGAGACAGUCAGCACUUACGUGAUCCGGGACGAGUGGGGGAACCAGAUCUGGAUCUGCCCCGGCUGCAACAAGCCUGACGACGGGAGCCCCAUGAUCGGCUGCGACGACUGUGAUGACUGGUACCACUGGCCCUGCGUGGGGAUAAUGGCUGCGCCUCCGGAGGAGAUGCAGUGGUUCUGUCCCAAGUGUGCCAACAAGAAGAAGGAUAAAAAGCACAAAAAGAGGAAGCACCGGGCACACUGACGCCCCGGGGACCCUGUCCCGAUGCCUCGGGGGAGGUGCCGCAGCCCCCACUGCGUGUCGCCUGCCGCCACGUUCCUGCAGAUCGUGAGCCUUGCGAGACGGAGGACGGACACAGCGCCGCGGGGGCGCCGGCCCGAGCCACGCGGUCGUGACCCCAGGGGAACUCACCCGGAGGCGGGGCGCCGGGGCCGCCUGGCCGCCGUUUUCUAUUACCAGUGACAAGUAUUACUAAUAAAAAGACCAUCAUCUUCCCUUUCGAUUUCUCGAUUCUCUCCAGGGCCUCUUCCUUAAAGUGUUAGGUGAGGACACGCGCGUGGCCCGCCUUGGCCCUGACCGAGGGGACGGCGGCGGUCCGCGUGCGCUCAGCCUGCCUCCCUUCUAGUGAGAUAAUCACAUGAAAGAAAACUCCAGGUGGAGUGUCGGCAAAUAUUUUUGUGAUGAAAAAUAUAUGAAGCUUCCUCUCCCUCCCUGUUUUUAGUACUAACAUGUAAAAUGUUCAGGCUUUUUGUGAAACACCUUAUAUUUUUUAAGAAAAAGGUUUCUAUCAUGUCCUGCUGGCCCUUGAUUUUUGUUGGCUCUCGCCUGUUUUCUAUCUCUGUUGCCUCCCGACUUUGCCCUUUUCUCAAAACUGCUGGCGUUCUUCUCACGGCUUACCCAGUCAUCAACUUCUAUAAAAAACUCUUCAGACCAGGAGCUCUCCCCUAAUGUAAAUAAUAAAUAUUUAUGAAGUAGUUAUUUUUUAAAAUUUUUAUCGUGUUGAAUUCUGGCUUUCUCUGAAAUCUGCCAUGAUUUCAGCCGUGUCUGUAAUUACUGCUGUACAUAGUGAAGAAGGCUGGAAAAGAAGAGCCGCACGUAGUUCAGAGUUACGCCCUCGAGCUGAACCCACGCCGAACCCAAAACACUGGGGGACAGAGCCGAGCAGUUGGAAGGAAAACAAGGCAAUUUAAAUCUACGCUUUAUGAUUUGAAAUUGUUUUGUUACCUGUUUUGUUUCUGUAAAUUUCUUUGACUUCCUUUUGUUUGGAAGGACAUGUAGAUUCCCCAAAGUAAAAAAAAAAAAAAAAAAUACUGUAGCAUUUUGUGUUUAUAUUGUUUUAUUUCUGCAAAUCUGUUCAUUGAUAUUGUGGUUUAAGGCUGAAAUGAAGUAUAUUAUGAAAUUUUUUUUUUAAAGAAAACAUCAAAUUUCAGGGUAUCACAAAACUUUAUUAUAUUACUAUACUGCCCACUAUUUAUUAUAUGUUAUAGAUGUCUGAGAGAUAAACCAAAUAUUUUAUUUUUAAUGUAAAACAUCAGAUUUAAUUUUAUUAGCAUAUUUUAGCAACUUUGGACUAAAUAUGGACUUUUACUUGAUUUUGAAGUAAUCCCAGCUUGGGCCACUGUAAUGGAUAUCUUGAAUGCUAGAAUAUGGGCUUUGAACCUAAUACAAAUAUAUUAACAGAAAUUGUGAUUUUUUUUAAAUGCCAAGCAAAUUGAUAUUAGUAUAUGAAUUAAUCAUAUUUUAAAACAUAUUAUGUGGUUAGAGAAAUGAGGUUUUCUGCCAUGAAUGUUAAAUUGCAAAUCAGUGGAAAUGGAGUCAACCUUUCAAGACUGCAGUAUUUCAUUGCCCACCUUGUUCUAGAAGCCAAAAUUUUUCUAUCCCUACAGAGAAACAAAGCAUCUAUGUUGAGAUACGUGUUUUUUGUUCAUUAAUUUGAGAUCAUCCUAAAUACUUUAUACGAUAUUUUCACAUGCACAGAUCUACCCAUUAGUGCUUUUUGGAGAGGGUUGGGGGUGGGGAAGUGCAAAAUAAAGAUGA